AUGUCGAUAGCACCUAUCAUCACAUUCAAAGCAGGCCUCUGCGAGCUUGAUGCCUCCGUUUCUCCCCCUAGAGUAAAACCACAGCCAGCUCCAGGGUACAUUUACCUGUACUCAGAAGAUGACCUGGUACAUUUUUGUUGGCGUCGACGCUCUGCUUCGCUCGAUGAACCCGAGUUAGAUCUUGUCAUGGUCCCAUCCGAUGGCACUUUCACCCCCUACAAACGCACCAGCGCGGAAAACCCCUCCAACACCGACAGACCUACCAAUGGAAGAGUAUAUGCUUUGAAAUUCUCUUCCAGCUCGCAAAGACACCUGUUCUGGCUACAAUCAAAAAGCCAACAUUCAAACGGCAACCCGGCUUGGUUUAGCGCAAGGGAUCUAGAACUAGGACGGAUCGUGAACGCUUUGCUGCAAGGCGAGGACAUCGAUGUUCGUCAUGCCAUUGCUAACAUUCCCGGGGAUAAUGAUGGUGGCAACGGGGGUGACGAUGAUGAAACCAUGGAGGAUGUUGAAGGCGCAGACCACAACCCAAUCCAUCGAGCAGGUGGCAGCGGCGGCGCGGGACCGGGAGCUACUGGAGGAGAUAUACGUGAAGAAGGCCAAGAGUCGAGGGAGGGCGGAGCGGACGGUGGAAGAGCCGCUACUGCGUCGUCAGAUCCAUCCUCGGUUAUCCAAAACCUCCUCAGGUCCCUCCAGCAGCAAGGAAACCAACAGUCAGGGCCAGAAGCAGCCGAAGACCCAUUCACAACACUCUCAGAGCUACUUCCCCCAUCUUCAACGCUUCCGUUCAUUGAAUCAGCGGACUCCGAAACGGUCGACCAUCUCCUUAGCUUUCUUCCUACGUCCCUCUUACUUCUUGCGCAAUCGAACCUUGAAAUACCCAGUAAUAUGGAGCCGGACUCUGGACCCGUAAAAGACGCAUUGCAGGCUUUGACUCUCGAACAAAAACGAGAUAUACUUAAGAGGGUUCUACGAUCGCCGCAAUUUACACAGAGCCUUGGUAGCCUUACUGUGGCAUUGCGCGAUGGUGGGCUACCCAGUAUCAGUGAUGCGCUGAAGAUCCCAGUGGAAAACGACGGUUUUAUGCGUCGUGGUGGGGUCCCGCUUGGAGGAGGAGAUGCUGUUCGCGCAUUUCUGGAAGGCGUCAAGAGAUAUGUUGAAGAGAAGGAGCAGGAUUGCCAAGACAAGAUGGAGACAGAUUAGGGAUCUAUGAAGCUAGCGAUAUCUUAGGAAUUUUUAAUACAUCUAAAUGAUACAGCACGCUACUUCUCACCUCCUCAUACAGAUCUUGUCUCACAAAAAGGAGAGAAACGAUUGCGAUCCUAAUGUUGCCUGCUACCGAAAUUUCCCGGGAACCACGUUUCAGGAAUCGUCAGGGCUACUGGCUUGUGGAGGCACUCUGCACAAGACUGAUUAAUGUAAUCCACAAGUGAGCAAGUCACACAAGCAAGUGAGCCACUUCAUCAUCUUAUAUCUUUACAUUCAAUUAUUAUUACAGCUAUAGAAAAUGAGUAUAAUCACAUUAUGAAUUAUUUUCUCUAUAUCGUGAGCAUGUAUGAGCAGUAUAUUUUAAUAGUAUCAUAUAUACGGAGUACUAUAUCAAAAAAU